GGACUGCCUAUCCGACGCAUCAGCCAGCAUGAAUGUGGGGACGGCACACAGCGAGGUGAACCCCAACACCCGCGUCAUGAACAGCCGAGGCAUCUGGCUGUCCUACGUGCUGGGGAUUGGCCUGCUGCAUGUGAUCCUCCUCAGCAUCCCCUUCUUCAGUGUCCCCGUGGUUUGGACUCUCACCAACAUCAUCCACAACAUGAGUAUGUACAUCUUCCUGCACACCGUGAAAGGAACGCCCUUUGAGACUCCAGACCAGGGGAAAGCUCGGUUGCUCACGCACUGGGAGCAGAUGGACUAUGGGGUGCAGUUCACGGCAUCACGCAAGUUCCUGACCAUCACGCCCAUCGUGCUGUAUUUCCUCACCAGUUUCUACACGAAAUAUGACCGGAUACACUUCAUAAUCAACACCAUCUCCCUGAUGAGCGUCUUGAUCCCCAAGCUGCCCCAGCUCCACGGAGUCCGGAUCUUUGGGAUCAACAAGUACUGAGCCCCCUGGAUGAAGUGAGCUGAAGUGGAAGGGGAAACCCGUUGGUCUUAGUCCUCCCUCCCUCCCGACCAGGCUAUAAUUUCACAGCGGCUCUUUAAAUGCAGUAUCCAAUAGACUUGUAUACCGCACGCAGGAUCCUCUUGCCCAAUAAAUCUAAGCAAACUCUGGAGUAGCAGAAUCCUGAGUAGAGUUUAGCAUGGAGCCAGGAGACUGGGGGGGUGGACUUCUUGUGCUUCAGUAUCAUGAGUAGAUGCAGCUAGACUGAGACGUUGAGGUACAAGUAAGUCAGUGUCUGGGGAGACUCCCAUCCAGAGGCCAAUACACUGAAUGGAGAGAGCAGGGGUGGGGAGAAAGCUUUAAGAGCUAGUGGUCAUUACCGUGGCAAAUGGACUUUAAAAUGCAUUGGCUCUUUUUGAGGUUAGAUGCACUCGCGAAGGGCUACGUGGGGAAAUUAAAGGGGGGCAUGGCCAGAUUUCCCAGGUGUGAAAAACUAGUUGGCCACUUUAAUUUUGGGAGGUGGAUUUUAUUCUUAAACCUCUCUCCUCCCAUUGGGGAGGGAAUCAUUUUUUCUAAUGAGAAAACAGGAAGGAGUGACCUGGCAUUUCCAGGGGAGCUUUCCCAUUUUCCAAGGUACAGUUUGUGUGAUUCAGGGGGACUAAUUGGAUUCCAAGGUGUUUCUGUUAAUUUAAACUAUAACCAAUGUCUGUCUUUGUUUAAAGUGGAAGUGGUUAUAUUUUAAAGCGUGUGUGAUGGGGGGGGGGGUAUUCUCCCCCAUCACACGCAGCCCUGCAGUGUUACCCUUAAUCCUACUGCCAUAUAGGGCUAAGAGGUGUGAUGCUGCUGGUUGUUAGUUGUGUGAUUUAAAAAUGUUAACACUGCCCAUGAGAGGUAUCUGAGUCACUUGAGGUGGAGAUGGGGCCCAGGAGAAAGGCUGAUGACUGACAGAUUUGCUCUAGGUGAAGGAUGGAGCAUCGUCAGGUAUGGUAAUAGGGUGCUGGUACAGGCAAAGAGGUGGCCAUGUUUGGUUUAAAUGCGUCCCAUUCUUCCACCCCCUUUGCCCAGGACUCCAAUGUCUAGAUCUAGAUCAGUGGCACUUGCCAAAUACCAGUGCUGGGCACAUCUCAGCAUGUGACAGCCCAGGCAGAAAAUCCUUCUCAGACUUCUGGUUGGGCCUGAUGACAUGCCAGCAGCAUACUAUGGGCCACAAGUGAGGUUAAAGGAGCUGGAGAACAGGAAUAUUGUAGUGGUGCCACGUUGCUGAGUGAAGGCAGGAGCAGAGGGCAAAUGUGGCUGGCUGGCAAGAGGGCAACAGGUCUGAACGGUCACUGAAGCAUUUAGCUUAUUAGUGGCAUAGAAAAUCUAAGAUGUGCAGCCUGUCACAUCCCCAGACCAUGGCUGCAGAAAGUUAUCUGAAGGCGUUUGGCACAGCAGGGAGACAAGUAACUCUUGCUUUGCUGCCUUCUUCAUUAUCCAGAUUUGUUGUACUUGUUUAAAUCCAAAGCCCUGCCGUUCUGCCCCUGAUCUGGUGGCUAGAUCCAGAGGUAGAGUACGGCACAUGUCAGUGGGUGGAACUUGCACCCCUAGAAAGUGAGGGGCAACGGGGUGUUGCAGGGGGCAGUUAAACCACAAGGGGAGCUAACCAUCCUUCUGUUUCUGACUCUUGUUUUAAUUUUGUUUAUGCAUGAUGAGCUUAUUUCAGGCUGCUCAGUGGAGCGAUCAUGUUUUCUGCACCCUGCAUUGGCGGGUGGGAGGGAACCCUAUCUAGUAAAGCGUGUGUGUGUGUUUCUACUAAGUGGCUUUUAGCAGAGGAGCUAGUUAUCCGUAGAGUCAGGAGCUGGUCUGGAGGACGAUAUGGGAUUUUUAAUUUAAUUUAUAAUCUGCAUUAGAAAUGCAAUAAUCCCAAUGUGGAAAGAGAUUGUUGAAUAAGUCUUGAGAAUCAUUGUUUGGGGUAAAUGAGAGGCUUGUAAUUAGUAGACAAGGGGAGGCAUUUUCAAUAUAACAGGGAGGUUUGGAUAACCGAGGAUGAAGCAAAGUUGCAACACUCAAUCUCUCCCCCUCCUCCCAAAUUGCCAGCUAGAGCGAAGGGUUAGCAGCAGAAUUAGCCCCUAGUGGCUGGGGUAGCUGUCCACUCCUCAAAACCUUAGGAUUUUCUCAAGGGUCAAUAUGCUGAUUGACAUAUGCCUUUCUUUAUAUUUUUCAUGAUACCCUUGCACAUUCGUGAAGGUGAUUUUUGUUUGUUAGUGUUUUGAGUGUCUCGAGUUUUCUGACAAUGUAAACGUUUUAAAUAAGACAUUUGAGUUCCUGCAUUAGCCAGAUGUAGCUUUGGAACUGAGCAGGUGGUACAGUGGGUACUAUCGAGAGAAUUUAGACCUGAUCUGAUGGUCCAAGACAGGCUGGGAGACAGGAAUUCCCAAAUCUGAAUCUCAGCCCUUGUACUGACUCCUCACCUGCCUUUGGGUGAACUGCUUAACCUCUCUGGCUCACUUUCAUCAUUUGUACCUCGCAGAGGGGGGAGAAAUCAUCAACCUACCUCACAGGGCUGUUGUGAGGCUUAUUUAGCCAUUGUCUCUUAAGCGCUUCAAAGAUGGAAAGGCUACUGUAAGUAUUAGUGAAGAGGAAGAUGGUGAGGAGGAGGAGGGAACCUGCUUUGAGUUCUUGAAAAAAGGAGCCUGUCAAAUGUAGAAGGUUAAUUUAUUAAUACAAGGCUCUUCUUUUUUUUUUUUUUUUUUUUUUUUGACCCCACCCCGAUCCCUGACAUGGUUGGGAGUGGAUCGUUACCUUGGUUACUGUACUGUAUACCCCAGGACUGCUUUUCAAGCUACUAGCCUGUGACUUCUGAAAAAAAUAGUUUCAGGCUAGUGCUAUUUUCUGAUCAGAAUGUGUGAGUGGAUUCAGGAAUGAACACUGUAGAUACAUGGCUAUGGGGAGACUGCAGGUUUCCACUCUGCAGUGAUCGUACCUUCAUCCAGACGGCUGGGAUGACGUGCCUAGUCUAAGGUGCACACUGCUGGACAAAUUCAGGUCUGGCAGGCCAGAGAAUUACAAUGCUGAUGCUGAACCUUCUCCAGUGAAAGAGAUGGAACACGUGGCGUGGUGUUAAUCUAGCUUUGAGGACAAAUACAAACCUAACUAGAGACGACAAAAUUACUUUAAAGGUGGGAAUCUCGACCCAGAGAAGUGGGGCAGGAAUCACUUUAUCCUUAUGUUUUGCAAAAAGGCCUUUUUUCUUUAUUUGCUUAAAACCAUUAUUCCCGGAUACAUGUAGGUUUUGCCUUUUCUCUCCCUCUCUCGUGCAUGUAAAUUAUGCAAAGCUGGAGCGAUUGUGUUGCAGAAAUGUAAGCUGACGCUAGGCACCAGACCCUUGGGCGCUGUGGAGUGGUGAAGCUCGGCAGACCUGCAUCAGCUGGGGUCGGGACUUGCACUUGCAGGUUGCUGGGUUCAGUGACACUGGUCACAUCCAAUCAGUUCUGUUAAAUUAACGAUGAAAUGUAAAAAAAA